AUUCUUCCCAAACCGAAGAAGCCCUUGAAGAAGCAGAGGACAUGGAGCAUCAUAGUGGAACGAUGCCAUCCCCAUCUGAGGCGGCGUCCAAUGGCACCACCAUGGUUCACAAGAUGACGAUGCACAUGACCUUCUUCUGGGGGAAGAACACCGAGGUUCUGUUCUCGGGAUGGCCAGGCAAUCGCACAGGCAUGUAUGUUCUGGCCCUGAUCGUGGUUUUCGUGUUAUCGGUGCUGGUGGAGUGGCUCUCCCAUUCCCAAUUGAUCAAAUCGAGGACAAAUAAUAUGGUGGCAGGGUUGCUGCAGACGGUCAUGCACGCCGUCCGUAUGGGUCUCGCAUACAUGGUCAUGCUUGCUAUCAUGUCUUUCAAUAUCGGUAUCUUCAUCGCCGCCGUCGCCGGUCAUGCCCUCGGUUUCUUGCUCUUCGGAAGCAGAGUCUUUAAACCCAACCAGGUGCCUCCAUAUGAGAAACCCGAUCUUCCUCCUAUGAGCUGCUGAUUAGCUAUAAAUGGGAUAUUAGAAAAGAUGUUAAACCCCCAACCCUCAAAACUUCAAGAUGGGUAGUAGAAGAAUCUUUCUCUAAUUUUCUGAAACUGGGUUUUUAGGGUUUUAGUACUUUUUAUUGUUUCAGAUGGGUAGAUAUGUGUGUGUAUUAAAAUCUGAAUGCUGCAAAAGAAGAGUUUAUUAAUUUACUACAUUAGCAGAGGUUU